CGUCGUCGUCGUCGCGUUUGUAUGUGAUUUGUAGAGCGCACGUUCUGCUAGACGUAUGGAAGAACUCACGGUGUUGGUGAUGCCGUGAUGAGCUUCGGUACCAGUUUAGUACUGACCAUCCUCAAACCCUGUCGGUCCGUCCCGUCGGAUUCGAUGCGAUGCAUUCCUGUGCUUCGUCGUGGUGAUGCAAUCGAGCUUGGCUACUAGUGAGUGAGCCGCCUGGUCAAGUGAUAUGCCAAGACGGGAAGAUCCAGUGCUAGCAAGUGUUUGCAAUGAUAGUGAUUAAAGUGAAAAUUAAACUGAUGAGUGUCGUCGACAAGUGCUGCUGCUCCUUCUACUCGUUGUAAGCGGGACAGAAGAACGUACGGUGACACGACGGCCGACGUGUGACUUCCGGUAUCCGGGGUUUUGUCUGAGAGUGCUGGAAGCUGGAGACGACUGCACUGACUGCAGCAGAGACUGUGUAGCAGAAGGCUAGCAGGCUAGAAGGAGGCUAGAACAUGGGCAACUACUGCAGCUCGGGGCAAACCAAGAAGGACAAGGACAACGCGUCGGAGAAGUCCGAGGAGUCUCCCUCGUACCAGCUCGCGGACAAAAGCAAAACCGGCAAAGCCAACGAUGCGAAGGAAGCUCCCCUGGCGGCCCCGGAGGUCACUUCCGACGGGUCGGGCACGGGCCCGGUGUCGAACAACUCGACCGCCAGCGGCGGGCCACCUUUGGCUUUCGAGGGCAACAAGGCGCAGCAGAAGGCCCUGCAGAACGUGCAGUCCAUCACGCUGUCCGCAGACUCGACAACCAACAGCUCGAUGGCCGCGACGCCCCCGUGUGACAUCCCGGCGAUGCCACUGCAGCAGAGCCUGCCCCAGAGCUUGACACCGUUGUACGGCAAGCCCUCGACCAACCGGCGCACGGAUAAAUACAAAAAAAUCGUCCUCUACAUACUGGCGGCCGAUGAUGGCUACCAGUCGGAGAAGUCCGUCCUGCGGGAUGUGUACAAGGGCUUGAACCAGAAAUGCCAGAGCCGGGGCUUCGAGCUGCACGUUUCGGAUCUGCACGUGAUGCAGACGAAGGGCAGCGGCUUCGACGUGAACAAGUGGUUCAGCGGUCCGCUGGAGGCCCAGGGUGGCCACGAUCUGGCCGCCAACUGUCUGGCGGAAAUUGCGCGCCAAUCGUGCGACUCGUAUCUCAUUCCAAUCCUGUUCCUGAGUUCGACCCUGGGCGAUCCGCUGCUGCCGCUGACCAUCGAGAGCCAGGACUUUGCGACGGCCCUGCAGACCGUGGCCGAGUCCAGCCCGGCGGCCGACCGGGCCAUCCUGGAGCGGUGGUACACCCUGGAUGACAAAUCACAACCGGCGUGCUACCGGCUGAACGCCAAAAAUAGCUCGAACCUUUCGUCGGAGGAAUCGGAGAAGGAGCUGUCGACGCUGCUGAAAAUUUUGAUUGAUAUCUUCUCGAAGGAGCUGCGCGACUCUUACCUGACCACGGUGGUCGAGCAGGAAAUCAACAAUACCGUACUGAUCAACCAGGAGCUGUCGAAGCGGUGCAUCUGGGUGCAGAACUCCGUCGCACCGUUGAAGGUCACGGAGAACUCCUCGUCGGUGGAGGCGGAAAUGAUCCGAAGAUUGAGCAAUAUUCAGAAUGAUCUUAAGAGCCACCUUGCGGAAAAGCACAUCAUCCGCAUCCCGGCGAACGCGGGCCAGCAGCAGGAUCAGUUCGCGAGCCUGCUGGACGGCUGCCUCUCGUCGGUGAUCGAUGCCGUGAUCGACGAGCACGCGAGCAAGUACUCGAUUCCGAUGUGCACGUUUGGCGUCGAUCGUCGACUGCUGGGCGAACUGGAGGAGGUCAAUCGGCGCUCACGCGUUUUGAACGAAAAUUGCGCCAACUUUUCCAUUACGGACCGCGUGAAGGAGUAUCUCACCAGCAAACGGCGGAAACCGCUGGUGAUUUACGGCAAAACGGGCGCCGGCAAGAGUGCUCUGGUGGCGAAAAUCUCCCACAAUGUGCACACCUGGCUGCCGGAGUCGCAACUAGUAUUGAGAUAUGCCAACUUGACUACGUUGAGUUCGGAUGUCACCUCGCUUCUGGGAUCCAUUACGGAACAGUUGUCGGUGCUAGUUAAGGGCACGCCAACCAGGUGUAACCAUACUAUUGAGUCCUACUCGGAAGCGCUUAAGGAACUAAUCGAGUCCAGCAAGCAGCAGGUCACAAUCCUAAUCGACUCCGUAGACAGCUUACGCGAUUUGGAUGACCUUGGGUGGUUACCGCUAGAGCUGCUGGAUAACGUCAAGCUGAUACUCACCGUGACGUCCAACUGCACGGAUGUGGCCCAGCUGGCGCAAGAACAGGAAGAAGUGCUCAAGCGGCUGAAGGACAAGAUCGGUGACGCGGAAAGCUUCCUCUAUCUGAUGCCGUUCACCCAGGAGCAGUGGGAAGACGUACUGUGCUUCGGCGGUGGCGACAUCUACUCGGCCAACGGCGCCCUACAGUUACCUGAAAGUUGGAAGAAAUCCAACGAGAAAAUCUCCGUUCAAGCAAAGAUCCUCUGGUGGUUGGCUUGGCUCGGCGUGACGGAUCUGACGGACACGUCCGUGUCCCACAUUAGCGAUAAGGUGUUCGUUAUCCUGGAGGAGAAAUUCACGGCGGCCGUGACGCGGUUCAUCAUUUCGUUGCUGCUGGCGGCCCGCGAGGGGCUGCUCGAGACGGAGAUUAUUACGCUUAUUAGGAAUUCUAAUUUAGUUACCGGAUCCACAACCAAGCUGUGGACGCACUUUUGCUGGAAGAUGGGACCAUUAUUUUUGCACAACAAAAACAUCAUCGUGGUGGACGGAACGCUGCGGCAGAUCGCAGCACGACGCUACGAGCAGAACAUCGCCGAAGCGCACAAAACCCUGCACGAGUACUUUGAGAAGCAGCCGAACAGCUUCGCGGACAAAAAUGGGAAGGACAAGUGCUUCAACAUUCGAAAGUUUGUCGAACUGCCCUACCACAAGUACAAGCUGGAGACGGCCGACUUUGCGUAUUCCUUCUACCUGACCAACCUGAAGUGGCUGCACGAAAAACUAAUCGCUACCGGAUGUGUUCAUUUGUUAAACGAUGUGUGCUUAGUAAACGUAGCUGACGGCAACAGCAACAGUAGCAAUCCCUCGGCCCACUUGGUGCUACUGAAGGCCCUAUUCGAGCGGCACUUCCGGGCCCUGAACUACGACGGACAGCAGUUCUUUUCGGUGCUGCACGCCUGCAUCGAAGCGUCGUCCAGCCCCGAUAACGAGAUCCUGAAGCAGUGGCGUCAGUUUAUCGAAACGAGCUCCGUGAGUUACCUGCAGAAGCUGGAGCUGAGUGAAGCGAAGACGACGGAGGCGGAGCCGAAACCGGAAGUGGAAAAGACGGACGCCGAGAAGCCAGCUGUGACUGGUUACGAUCUGCUCAUGAAUCUGAACAUUGACGGUUUUUUCGUGAUUUCGUUGAGCACGGAAAGGGAGGAGAUUUGCGUGUGGGACGUGGCAAAGUGCCGCAAGGUACGUACCCUGCUGGGCGUUCCGCAACCGUCGGCGAUAUGCCCGGUCGGCGAACACGGUGUGGCUGUUCUGUGCCGACGCGAGAUUCGUAUCGUCAACCUGGACGAAGGCAAGUUCAAGGUUACGCUGAAGGGCGUCAUGAACCAGAAGAUGCCCUACUUUGGGCUGCACGAUGCCGCCCAUCUGGUGUGUCUUUCGCGCAACCGGAUGUACGUGAACCUGAUGAACAUCGAGUCGGGUGAUUGCGUCACGACGUUCAAGGCCGGCGAGGAUCGGUUCCUCAACUCGCUGCUGGUGUCCGGCGAUGGACGAAUCCUGGUAUGUGGCGAUGAAACCCAGAAACCCUUCCCGCUGCUCGUGUGGCACCUGUCCCAGAAGAAGUUGCUGUACGAUCUGAGGAUACCGCACCACGACUUCAUCACCUCGCUUUCGGCCAUCACCCACGAGGGCUCGUACGUGUGCGUUGUCGCGAAGGAGUUGGCCGAGCCGAGUCCGAACUUUAUCGUCGUGUACGACCUGCAGAGUGGCACCCUGUUCAAGAAGUGGAAACCGUCGUGCAACACCGUUUCGUUGGCCAUUUCCCAAACAAACACCUGCGUCAUUGCGGGGCUGGAGGAUGCGAGGAUUUUGAUCUGGGAUUUGGUGACCGGAAACUGUCGCUGCACGCUGACCGGCCAUAACGCCCCGGUCACGCUGCUCAAGCUGGAUCCGUCCGGAAAGAUGUUGCUCUCUGGCGACAAGGAAGGUCGCGACCUGUCCAUCCGGCUGUGGGAGCUGGACAGUGGCAAGAUGCUGGCCGUGUACACCCCGGAGGAGCGCAUCACCACCUGUGAGAUUCUGAGCGGUGGCCAGUACCUGGCGCUGGCACUGGAGAAUCGACUCAACAUUAUGACGUUGAAGUUGCGCGACGGCGGUGAUAAACAGGGCGACGGCGAUAAGUCGAGCGUUGAGUACGGACAGGCGGAAAAUUGCGGCAAAGUUUUUGAUUUGAAGCAGUAAACUGAGCAGUGUAAAGUUUAAUGCAUUUACAAUCAUAUGUUUUCUUGUUAUGUUCCUUGUUAUGUUACGUUUUUGUUUAUUAUUUGGGCGGCGAGAGCUUGUUCAACAAAAUUUAUUUUUAAAAGAAGGCACAUUAAAUUGUUUACUUCUAUAUUGGCCGAAAAUCGCGGCAAAAAAUAAAAUAACGCACCAAACCAGUCAUUAAAACUCACCAAAAUUUUACUCGGAUCGUUACUACACCUAAAAUAAAUAUACUAAAAAGAAUCAAAUCCAAUCCCACUCGAAAUACGAAUUUGUAGAUAUGCGAUAGCUGACGACGGAUAUCCAACUAGACAAAGUCAAGUCAUACACUAAAAAUCGCGGCAGCUUUCAUCAGUUGAAUCGUAAAGGUAGAUUAUAGGACAAGCAUGUUUAAAAACUGGCUAAACUUGCAAGCGAACCUGCUAAAAUGCUAAACUAACCGUGAAGGCGCCAGAACUAUGUGAAUAGCUUCCACUCGUUGUAGUUAUGUAGGACAAAAUUCAAAUCAUACGCAAAUAGUGGUAGAAACAAAUAGGAACAUUUGUGUAGCAGAGCUAGACCAUCCAUCGGGGGCAGCAUUCGUUCUCAAAACCAGCAGAAAACAGAAAAGUAAGCGCAAACAAAACAAAAAACAGUUAGAAAAAUUCAUAAUCGUAUAAGAAUGUGUCUAAACAUAAUCAUUAGGUCGUCGUAAGUGAACACAUAAACUGAAAUCCUUGUAUUCACAUGAGUGUGUGCGUGUGGAAUUUGCUGCAAAACACACACACCUAGCUAAAUAUAAAACAAAAGAUCCGAAUUAAAAUCUACCGUGAGCUAGGGGCUAGAAGAUGCAAAAAUAUAUUAAACAUUAGAUUUUGAGCAAUUGUACAGUGCAAGAAUGAUGUAGCAAGGCGGUUGUCAUGUGUUCGCCAAACUGUCAACGUCAACCUAGUAAUGACCCAAAGUGAAACAUGUCUGUGUAGUGGUGCAAAUUUAGGACUUUCCACGGACCAUCCUAGUCCCUAAUUAUGAUCAAGUCGUUUUGGCUUUAUCUUUCAAUUUCAAGAAGUUUGAUAUGUCGCAAGAUUAGUUUUCUUGCAAAUAUGGAUAUGCGGAACCGGUUCCAGAGUGGCCAAGUUGAGAUCGGUACGGUUUGACCUUUUACUUUCAUAUUUUUCAAAUUUAAGAAGCUUGUCAUUUUACGUAUAUUAAAGAGUCUCAUGAAAGUAAUCAACUUGGCUCGUUUUCUGGUAACUUCAAAUGGGUUCCAGGUUAUUCGGAGUUGACCAAUAUGACUCCAAAGUGAAUUUGAGAAUCGCAAUUCUGUGAAAAAAGAGAGAAAAUCAGUGCACAUUUAAAUUCAUUUGAUUGCAAUUACUCCAUCGCUUCCACUUUUUAUCGACCCAAAGGGCCAAAUUUGGCUCGGGUGGUCGUUCAAUGUGUACAAAAAACCCCUACAAAUUCAAAAAAAUGAGUGUUUUCUGCAAAAAAAAAAUGACUUUAUCCGGUCAGUUCCACAAUCUAAAAAAAAAAAAAAAAAUCAAUGGUAGGACUAGGAUGGUUCGAUUGCGCUCCGGAUUUGAGCCCAUCGGGAAAGUCUAGAACUUGUACCGGUCCAAUUCCUAAUGGUGUAAUGUGCAUUAGUUUAGGUUAGUUCAUCCUCGUUGGUGAAGUGCUGUAGAAAUGAUGGUCUCUUUUUUGACUUUCCUUCCUCAAUCUAUCAACUGUUAGGCUUCCAUUUUCGAUUAGCAAACAUUUUUUUGUAGGUUAGAAUCAGUUAAUCAAUUCGCACAAAAUGAUCCAGACUAACUAUCGUUAUGUUAUAUAGAUUUUUUUAUUUUUUGAAUAUGACGUUUCAUCAAAACUUUAACAUUUUUUUAAACAUUCUGUAAUGCUCUUCUCAUACAAUUGAAUUUCAACUUCAACACAAACAUUUUCCUAAAUGAUAUAAUUUAGUUAACAGUGUAGUGUAGACCCACAUUUGGUCUUCAUGUCGUUCGCGAUCUAAACUAGUUAGUUUAUUGAAAAUAGUUUUAAACAUGCCUUAUUUCAUUACAUAUACAUAAACUGCAAACAAAGAAGGUAACCAAUCAACCACGAAAACACACAAAACUGAUGAAACUGAUGAAGAAACCGAAAAUACCAAAGCAUACCUUAGUUACGCCCAACACUGUAACAUGUAGUGAAAUGUAAAAGAAACAAAAGCACUAACACAAGCUCAUCUGGUAUGAGGAACAAGGCUGGUCCUUUGAAAAACCAAAAAACAAGUAACAAAAACUGAAACAAACAAAAAAACCCAUUUGUUAGGCAAAAACCAAUGGUCUUAGUGUUUUAACAAUGAUUUAAUAAAAAAAAUACCAAAGGGAUGUUCGGCAUUACACCUAUAUACACACAUAGGAACUACAAUCAAGCAGUACGUAUAAGACUAAACCACAAAAAAAAAAAAGAAUAUUUAUCCCAACCUUUCAAAAGUGGAUCCAAAAUGACCAACACAAAUUAUUUCACACGUGUGUAGAAUCCAACCUGUGGAGAAGAGCUAGGACGUGCAAAACCUACAAACAUGAUACACCUACAAACACACACACAAACUUCAGCAGAGGCUGGCGGAUUCGUUAGUUGCAUGAACGUGUAGAACAGAACAACUCGUCAAAUCAUAGCGAAUGCAUACAUGUCACUUAGCGGAUGGAUAAUGGUAGUUACAGAGAUGAAGAGAAAAAAACAAUUCGAUUACACGGUGAACAGAAUUCGACAAAUUAAGACAGAAAAGGAAAAAAGUAAAGAUCAAUCACAAAUGAACAAAACCAAACUGUUGGAAGAAAUUGAUGGAACCUUGCUGAUGGAAAUGUUCAAAAUCUAAGCCAUUUUUGAUGUGAAAUCUUUUAAGUCAUAUUGUAUUCGUUAUUUUUAAUUUGUAUGUGUGUAUUAUUAUAUGACAAGAAAAUCUGAGAAAAUAUAUAUACAAGUACAACGCUAUCGAUGCCACUGGA